GUCUGAAACUGUUUCUCUUUUACAUAUUUUUCUUUCUCUUUUAUCCAAAGACCAUUACAUGUCAAGAAAACUGUUCUAUGGUUAAAUGCAGCGACAUCGGAAACGAACCAGAAAUACUCUAUCCGUUCGUGAUUAAAGAUCUGCAGGGUGGAGGAUGUGGUUACCCGGGUUUUAAUAUCACAUGUAAUACUUUCGAUAAGACGGUAUUAAAAUUACCACAGUCGGGAGAAUUCUUGGUUCGAUCAAUCGAUUAUGAUAAGAAGGAGAUAAGGCUUUACGACCAAAACAAUUGCCUUCCACGGCGUUAUCAACAACAAAAUUUGAACGUCAAUCUGUCACCUUUCAAGGCUUUUUAUUAUAAAACAUAUAACAUCUUCAGUUGUCCACCAUCAAUACAAAGUGAUCCCGUUGCCAAUGCAGUUGGACCAAUUUUAAUUGUUCCUUGCCUUAGUAACUCAACAACCACUGUACUGGUUUCGGUUUCUGAUGGCAGCCAACUUGAUGGCAAUAUUACCAGAGUAUUGAUUAACGGAGGGUGCCAGCAAGUUUCUCCUAUUACUAUACCUAUUCCCUUCGAUGCUAUUACUAAGGUCUAUAAUUAUGUUUUAACUGUUGAAGAUCUUUUUCUUACAUGGGUCGAACCAAGGAAACCGGAAGAAGAAGAAAAAUUCAAUUGGAAAAAGACACUGUUUACAAUAAUUAUUCCAGUUCUUGGCGGGUUGGCGGCAAUAGCAACGAUAGUUGAUCUUCUUCGCAAGAGAAGAAAAAGAAAGCAAAAGGCGCGGGACCAGAUGCAGAAUGGCGGAAAUCCAUGAGUCCUACAUUUGAAUUUGUACUGUGGUCCUAAUACAAAUCUGCUCUCGUGGGUUUAUUAUGACUCCCUAUUUGAUCCCAAAAUGGGAUAUCCUGGCCUCCUUGUUGAGGCAUGGAUAUUGUAGUUAUCUUUGUUUGCGUGUGGGUUGUAUUGUCUUCGUUUGUGUUUUGGUUGUCUUUGUUUUUGCUGCCUGUUGUAAGCUGUUCUUCACCACCCUGAUGA